AAUAAUAUCGAAGACGACCCCGUACAGUAGAUGGCGGCAAUACACCAAUAGGUGUAGUCUGCCAUAAAACUUUAAAGAAGAAGAUUAUGUUUUUGUUUUUAGCAGGAUGGAUGAGAGCUAGCUAGCUAGACAGAACAAAUAUUUAGCUAUCUUAUUUAUUUGCAACUUAGCUGUCGGGUAUCUAACUAGCAAUCUACACAAUAACUGAGGACAUAGUGGAUUAGCAAGCUAUUUAGAUAUAACGUAAUUUACUAAAUUAGCUAGUUUAGUUACCAGUAUCUGUGAUAAUAAGUUACACUGUAUUAUACAUUUUAGAUCGCUAGCUAGCCUGUAAUUUAGUGUGUUGGCAGACCAAGUUCUGAACAAUCAUGGCAUUAUCCAUAAACUAUUUAAAGGAGUGAAUCAGCAAAACAAAUAAAAUAUUAAAUACGGUAUUCAGGAUAACGUUACCGUUUCGGUGGUCCUCUAUCAAACUUUUUCCACUGCGCUCAGCACCACGCACACGCAUGGAUAAUAAUUAUGUUGAGUCGGCUGGUCGAGCUGUGCUCGAAAUGAUGCAGCGUGAAUGGGAGCCUCUUUCUCAAGACGAACUGGAGCAACGAUUGGACCGAACAGUGGAAGAAAUUCUGGAAGCUGACCUCCUAGCAAAGGUUCAGGACCAGCCUGGACCAAUCUACCUACAACUCUCUCAGCUGGUGGAAGAACCUCAACAGCAAAACCAAAUUCGGUCAACAACAGAACUUACAACACUUUCUCAUGUAGAAGAGGAGUCUGAAUCUCAACAGUUAAAUGAUGCUGAGGAAAACGCUGCAGUUCAGUACAUUACAGAUCUCCUCCAGAAUUCAAACUCAAGAUACAAUCAGAGCCGUAUGGCAGGACGUGCCCGCUUAUCCCUGUCCCACACUGUUCUCCUGUCCCUCACCCUCCUCUCCAAGCGCCUCAGCUAUCGCUCUGUGUCUACCAGUUUCCGCCUGGAAAAAGGAAAUAUUCAUAGGAUCUUCUUUUCCUUUUGUGAGCGUGUGAACACACUUGAGGACCAACAAAUUAGAUGGCCGACUGGCAUUGAGGCUGUUGAAAACCUCUCCCCCCUCUCCAGCCUGCUGGGGAAAGCCAAGGGCUUGGAAGAGAAGGGUGUCCCCAGGGUCUUGGGAGUCUUGGGGCACACCCGCAUCCCCAUCCGCCUGCCCAUUGGCAAACAAGAUGUAGAGAGCAUGGUGCCAGAGGUAAAGAGGAUGAAGAAGGAGGCCCAUCCCGACUCCUGGCUGAACCUGGAGCUGGUGUGUAACCAUACAGGCAGGUUGAUACACUGCAGAAUCAGCAAGGGUUCAGACCUGGAUAGAGCCAGUGCUCUGAGGGACAAACUCAAACAGCUCCCUGAGAUGAUGCCCCCGGGGACCUGCCUAGUGGCUCGAGUUGGAUAUCCAGCCUCUGCCCAGAUAUUGACCCCAUAUGUAGUGGGUCGUGGCCCCAGGGGAAAUCUUUACAAUAGGUCCCUGGAAGCCCAUUUUUACCUCCUGGACCAGGCUGUUGCUGACCUGAAAGCCAGAUUUGAAAGGCUCAGGUAUUUGGACAUGGGGAACUAUGAAAGAGCCAAAGCAGUUGUCCUUACUGCUUGCAUACUCCACAAUGUAUUUCUGGACAUGGGAAAAGUGGUCAACGGACAGGUUGAGAGGGAGGCAGGGACACAGGAGGGAGAGGGGGAGUGUGAUGAGGAGGGUGUGAUGAGAAGGGAAGCCAUCGCAGAUUUGCUGUACAAAGAGUUGGAUUCUGGAAGUACAUAUAGUGAUUUAUAA